AUGUCAAACUCAUUGAAGGCGUUGGAUAAGAGGUUUGCCAAGAGAAGACAGGUGUACAAACCCAUCCUGGAAUCUCCCUUCACUAACGAAUUAAACUCAUGGCCGCACCUAAAGGAUCAGAAAUUCGUUGUUCAACUGUUGAAGAAUACAAUAUUGAACAAAUGUAAGCAUUUAAACGAAUCCUCAGUGCCUAUAAGCCAGUGGCCAUGGGACAUUCUUAUCAAUUAUAACGAGAUCGUUUCGUAUUUGUCGAAAACAGAACCCUCCUGCAACGUUAUAUUAUUUGUCUGUAACAAAGACCAGGAUAUUCCCUCCAUUUUAUUGCAACAGAUACCUAUCCUAAGCUACAUUUCCAAGACCAAAGUCACGUUGGUUCAGCUCCCUAAGGGAUCAUUAGAUCUUCUUAGGGAUGCCAUUCGCGAUAAGGAUAUAGAUAAUGGAUUACUAUUGAUCCAAUGCAAUGACAAGUUGGAUUCCACAUUCUUGACCCAAAUUGAAUCUCAAAUGGAUACCAAUGAGCAAGCAUCAAAGUUCCCCUGGUUGGAUAAUUUACAAUAUAAACCAACCAAUAUCAAAUUACUGAAAUCUACUAUCCCUUUACAAAGUAAAAUUCCGAAAAAAAGCCAGACACCGCACCAGAAAUAA